CUGAUUUAGUAUGUGACUGGGUGUGACAAUAGUUGGACGGUGUGAGUAAGCGCACGCAGCUCAGAAUUAGGAACAAAAAAACAAGCGAAGAAAAUGUUUCCGCAUACAAAGUCGGUGCUGCUAUUGUUGUUUGCAGUAGCAACAACAACUAGAACAGCAAUAUUUGUGCCGUACAGUGCGUCGAAAAUCUCGCCGGAAAUCAUCAGCGAACUAAAAGACUUUCUCGAUCUGAUACCCACGUCCACAGUGGACGAAAUCGUCGCUAAGCACUACAUCAUUGAUUCGAAUUUUCGCGAAGUGUUCAAUUAUGUACGCAGUACGCAAUUUACUAAGCUGCUGCAGCAAGCCCAGCAAAUACCAGAGGUUGUAGCAAUUUUGGAUUAUUUGCAUUUGCUUGUGCCUGCUGCUGCUAAUGCCGGCGCUGCUGCACAACUGCAUGCCACAUAUGGUACGGUGAACACGAGCACAUCCGAUGUGCUGCUGCAGAUUGAGCCGCAACUCAAUUUCGUGCUGCUGAAUGAGCUGGGGAACGGAGUGGCAGUGGUUCAGCCGGAGGAGAGCGAAGUUGAUGCUGUGAAACUGAAUCGCUUUGCCCUCACAACAUCAACGCCACUACACGUCCCGCACUUACGCACGUUUAACAGUUUUGUAGAGGAGCUUCUGCGCCACUUGCCGCGCGACCAAUACGUACAACUGAUUAAUCAGAAGCGUCAGCAGAAUCUGGCGUUCGCGCAAUUUUAUGCAGCGUUGCGCAGCGCCGAACUGCGUCCGAUGGUCGAUGUGACGCUGAAAUCUUCUAAUCUGACGGCAAUAAUUAAAACGCUGAGUUCGAAUGGUGUCGAUGUGAAAAGCUUGGAGGCUACUGCAUUUAAAGUGAUUUCCUGGGGGCCCGUGCCAAUAGCUUUGCCAUAAUGUGAAUGGAAAUCAUUAAAGUGAAGCGCAGUGUUGCAUUUAACUGGAGCAUAAAAUUAGAUUGAAUUAAGCGGGCGCAGUGAAAGUAAGAAAUUUGCUCUGCGAUGUAGCAGAGCGGCGUGAAUUGAUACUUUUAUAAUUUAUAUACUUUUCUAUGUAGACACUGACUGCUAAAAGUAAACUACUGCAUAGAAUUUUA